AAGCAGGGUGGAGUUUCAGGCAACGGCACCCCAGUUCGGAGCGGAUAGGGAGGGGAGAGAAAAGUCGCUUUGGGCCUUUCCCCUGGUUUAAAACUUUAUUCUGUUGGGAAACUGUUAGAAAAAACUUUUACGGACGUGACUUCAUCGCUCGAAGAGCCGUCGACGGGACAGGAGUGAGGCGCUCAGGACGUGUUCAACCCCCAACUUUGACUGGACAGUCUGUAACACACUGGUUAUCUUCAGGUGUGGAGUGGGUGGCAGAGCGGAGCUGCAAUCAUGGUUGCCUUGUCAUUAAAAAUUGGUGUGGGGAAUGUGGUCAAAACAAUGCAGUUUGAACCCUCCACAAUGGUCUAUGAUGCCUGCCGCAUCAUCAGGGAAAGAGUUCCUGAGGCACAGCUUGGCCAGCCCAAUGACUACGGGCUGUUUCUGUCUGACGAAGACCCAAAAAAAGGUAUCUGGCUGGAGGCUGGAAAGGCGCUGGAUUACUAUAUGUUAAGGAAUGGGGACACCUUGGAAUACAAGAAGAAGCAGAGGCCUCUGAAAAUCCGCAUGUUAGAUGGCACAGUAAAGACUGUCAUGAUAGAUGACUCCAAGAUCGUCAGUGACAUGCUCAUGACCAUCUGUGCUAGAAUAGGUAUAACAAAUUAUGAUGAGUACUCACUGGUGCGAGAUAUUGGUGAGGAAAAGAAAGAAGAAACCACAGGAACACUGAAAAGAGACAAGACUCUCCUAAGAGAUGACAAGAAGAUGGAGAAGUUGAAGCAGAAACUCCACACAGACGAUGAGUUGAACUGGUUGGACCAUGGGAGGACACUGAGGGAGCAGGGUGUGGAAGAGACAGAGAUGUUGCUUUUGAGAAGAAAGUUUUUCUACUCAGACCAGAAUGUGGACUCCAGAGACCCUGUCCAGCUUAAUCUGCUUUAUGUACAGGCUCGUGAUGACAUCCUGAAUGGAUCACAUCCAGUUUCAUUUGACAAGGCCUGUGAGUUUGCAGGCUAUCAGUGCCAGAUUCAGUUUGGUGAUCACAAUGAGUCCAAACACAAGCCUGGAUUCUUAGAUUUAAAGGAGUUCCUGCCUAAGGAAUACAUUAAAAAUAAAGGGGAGAAAAAAAUCUUCCAGGCACAUAAAAACUGUCAGAACAUGACGGAGAUUGAGGCCAAAGUCAGCUAUGUGAAGCUGGCCAGGUCUCUGCAAACCUACGGCGUCUCGUUCUUUCUUGUUAAGGAAAAAAUGAAAGGCAAAAACAAACUGGUGCCUCGUCUGCUUGGAAUCACCAAGGAGAGCGUAAUGAGAGUAGACGAGAAGACCAAGGAGGUCAUCCAGGAGUGGAGUCUGACAAACAUCAAACGCUGGGCUGCGUCACCCAAGAGCUUCACUCUGGACUUUGGAGACUAUCAGGAUGGGUACUACUCUGUGCAAACCACUGAGGGAGAGCAGAUUGCCCAGCUUAUUGCUGGUUACAUCGAUAUCAUCCUCAAAAAGAAAAAAAGUAAGGACCACUUUGGCUUUGAUGGAGAUGAUGAAUCACCCAUGGAGGAGGACUCUGUGUCUCCCAAAAAGUCGACUGUAAUGCAGCAGCAGUUCAACAGGAUGGGCAAGGCAGAGACAGGCUGUGUUGCCCUGCCAGCCAUCAUGCGCUCAGGAGCUGGAGGUCCAGAGAGUUUCCAGAAGGGUUCCAUGCCCCAGGCCAAACAGCACAUUACCAGUGGGCAGAUGCACAGGGGACACAUGCCUCCUCUGACAUCAGCACAGCAAGCCCUAACUGGAACCAUCAACUCCAGCAUGCAGGCUGUCCAGGCAGCCCAGGCCUCUCUGGAUGAUUUUGAUACGCUGCCCCCAUUAGGAACAGACGCUGCAUCCCAAGCCUGGCGCAAAAACAAGAUGGAUGAGUCCAAGCAUGAGAUCCAUUCCCAGGUGGAUGCCAUCACAGCAGGCACAGCAUCCAUGGUCAACCUCACAGCAGGUGAUCCAGCUGAGACGGACUAUACAGCAGUUGGCUGUGCAGUCACCACAAUUUCAUCCAACUUGACUGAGAUGUCAAAGGGUGUGAAACUACUGGCAGCCCUGAUGGAGGAUGAAGGUGGAAAUGGGCAGCAGCUGCUGGGUGCUGCCAAGAAUCUGGCCAGUGCUGUUUCUGACAUGCUGAAGACAGCUCAGCCGGCAAAUACAGAGCCUCGUCAGAACUUGUUGCAAGCAGCAGGAAAUGUCGGUCAGGCUAGUGGAGAACUCCUGUCUCACAUUGGAGAGACAGAUACUGAUCCACAGUUCCAGCAUUGGCCUAAAGGAUCUUUCAGGGAUUCCAGAUGGAGAACUCUCUCUAACGUUCAAGUGCUGGAUAUGUUGAUGCAGCUGGCAAAAGCUGUGGCUAAUGCUGCAGCAGCUCUGGUGCUCAAAGCUAAGAAUGUGGCCCAGAAGACGGAGGACUCGGCCCAGCAGAACCGGGUUAUUGCAGCAGCUACACAGUGCGCUCUCUCCACGUCUCAGCUGGUCGCCUGCACCAGGGUGGUGGCUCCAACCAUUAGCUCCCCAGUGUGCCAGGAGCAGCUGAUAGAGGCAGGCAAGCUGGUGGCCAAGUCAGUAGAAGGAUGUAUGGAGGCCUCCCAGAUGGCCACCAAUGAAGAGGGUCUUCUGAAACAGGUUGGCCAGGCGGCCACAGGGGUCACUCAGGCCCUCAAUGAGCUGCUGCAGCACAUUAAGCAGUACGCCAGUGGAGGCCAUCCUAUUGGACGGCACGGAGAGGCCACCGACUGCAUCCUGGAUGUUACUGAGAAGAUCUUUAAUGCAAUGGGAAAUGCUGGUGAGAUGGUUCGCCAGGCUCGCAUUCUUGCCCAGGCCACGUCUGAUCUUGUCAAUGCCAUCAAGAUGGAUGCAGAGGGAGAGUCUGAUCUGGAAAACUCCCGCAAGCUUCUCUCUGCAGCCAAACUUCUGGCUGAUGCCACUGCUAAAAUGGUGGAGGCUGCUAAGGGUGCAGCUGCCAAUCCUGACAGUGAGGAACAGCAGCAGAAACUGCGUGAAGCUGCAGAAGGCUUGCGGAUGGCCACCAACGCUGCCGCCCAGAAUGCUAUCAAGAAGCGGCUCAUCAACAAUCUGGAGAAUGCUGCCAAACAAGCCGCAGCAGCUGCCACUCAGACAAUAGCUGCAGCACAGCAUGCUGCCUCGUCCAACAAGAAUCAGGCUGCACAGCAACAGCUCGUCCAGAGCUGCAAGGUGGUGGCAGAACAGAUCCCUCAGCUGGUUCAAGGAGUCCGAGGCAGCCAGUCCCAGCCUGACAGCCCCAGUGCCCAGCUCGCCCUCAUUGGUGCUAGUCAGAACUUCCUGCAGCCAGGAGCUAAGAUGGUAACAGCAUGCAAAGCCACUGUUCCAACCAUCAAUGACCAGGCAUCAGCCAUGCAACUCAGCCAAUGCGCUAAGAAUCUGGCCAGCGCCCUGGCAGAACUUCGCACUGCCUCACAGAAGGCCCAGGAUGCUUGUGGUCAGCUGGAGAUAGAUAAUGCUCUGAACAUGGUGAAAGAUCUGGAGAAGAACAUUCAGGAUGCCAAGGCUUCUGCUCAAGCAGGCAAACUCAAACCGCUGCCAGGCGAGACGCUUGAAAAAUGUUCCCAGGACCUGGGCACCAGCACCAAGGCUGUCACGUCAGGUAUCGCCCAGCUCCUGAGUGAAGCCACUCAAGGAGAUGAAAACUACAUAGGCAUGUCAGCCAGAGAUAUAGCCCAGACUCUGAAGUCCUUGGCCUCGGCAGCCAGAGGGGUCGCUGCUACCGCAGAUGACCCAGCAACACGCAGUGCCGUGCUGGACUGUGCUGGUGAUGUCAUGGACAAAUCAGCCAAACUGAUUGAGGAAACCAAGAGGGCAAUCGCUAAGCCAGGAGAUGCAGAGAGUCAACAGAGGCUGGCUCAGGUGGCCAAGGCAGUGUCCCAGGCUCUGAACAGAUGUGUUAACUCCCUUCCUGGUCAGAGGGAUGUGGACAACGCCAUCCGCACAGUGGGCGAGGCCAGCAGAUCACUUCUGGCUGAUUCUUUCCCGUCCAGUGGACGAAGUUUCCAGGAAAUUCAGGCUCAGCUGAAUGAGGUGGCAGCUGGCCUUAACCAGUCAGCCAAUGAGGUGGUCCAGGCAUCCAGAGGGACCACCCAGGACCUGGCCAGGGCUACCAGCAAGUUUGGACAAGACUUCAACACCUUCCUGGAUGCUGGUGUUGACAUGGCUGGAACCUCCCAGUCCAAAGAGGAUCAGACACAGGUAGUGUCCAACCUGAAAACUAUCUCUAUGUCAUCAAGCAAGCUGCUGCUUGCAGCCAAGGCUCUGUCCACCGACCCCAGUUCACCCAACCUGAAGAACCAGCUAGCAGCAGCAGCUCGGGCAGUUACAGACAGCAUCAACCAGCUCAUCACCAUGUGCACUCAGCAGGCUCCAGGUCAGAAGGAGUGUGACAACGCUCUCAGAGAGCUGGAGUCAGUGAAAGGGAUGCUGGAGAACCCCACAGAGGCAGUGAAUGAGCAGUCGUUCUUCGAGUGCAUUGACAGCGUCAUGGAGAAUUCUAAGGUUCUUGGUGAGUCCAUGGCAGGCAUUUCACACAAUGCCAAGAAUUCUAACCUGCCAGAGUUUGGAGACUCAGUCAGUGCUGGAUCCAAAGCAUUGUGUGGUCUCACUGAAGCAGCUGCACAGGCAGCUUAUUUGGUGGGAGUGUCAGACCCUAACAGUGUAGCAGGUCAGAAAGGUCUUGUGGAUCCCACUCAGUUUGCCCGGGCUAACCAGGCUAUCCAGAUGGCCUGCCAGAACCUGGUGGAUCCAGCCUGUACCCAGUCUCAGGUGCUUUCUGCAGCGACCAUUGUUGCCAAACACACUUCAGCUCUGUGCAACGCCUGCCGCCUGGCUUCUUCCAAAACACCUAACCCUGUUGCCAAGAGACAGUUUGUCCAGUCAGCCAAAGAAGUGGCCAACACCACUGCCAACCUGGUGAAAUCUAUAAAGGCUUUAGAUGGAGCUUUUAAUCAGGAGAACAGAGAGAAGUGCAAGGCUGCUACUGGCCCUCUGAUAGAAGCUGUGGACAACCUGACUGCCUUUGCCUCAAACCCAGAGUUCGCCAGCAUUCCUGCUCAUAUCAGUCCUGAGGGGCAUGCAGCCAUGGAGCCAAUUUUAACAGCAGCACAGAUGAUGCUGGAGAGCUCGACAGGCCUGAUCCAGACCGCCCGGUCCCUGGCGGUCAACCCCAAAGACCCUCCUAAGUGGUCAGUGCUGGCGGGACACUCGAGGACCGUGUCUGAUUCCAUUAAGAAGCUCAUCACCAACAUGAGAGAGAAGGCUCCAGGCCAGAGAGAGUGUGAUGACGCUAUAGAGGUGUUGAACGGCUGCAUCCGUGAGGUUGACCAGGCUUCUCUGGCUGCAAUAAGCCAACACCUAACACCCCGAGACGACAUCUCUAUGGAGACUCUUCAUGAACAGAUGGCUGCUUCAGUUCAUGAGAUCAGUAACCUGAUUGAUCCUGUGGCAGUGGCGGCUCGAUCAGAGGCCUCCCAGCUGGGACACAAGGUUUCUCAGAUGGCCAGCUACUUUGAGCCCUUGAUCAUGGCUGCCAUUGGCACAGCGUCCAAGAUCCUCAGCAGCCAGCAGCAGAUGGCUGUCUUAGACCAGACCAAGACCUUGGCAGAGUCAGCGCUGCAGAUGCUCUAUACUGCCAAGGAGGCUGGAGGAAAUCCCAAGGCAGCACACAUGCAGAAUGCUCUGGAGGAUUCAGUGCAGAUGAUGAAAGAAGCAGUAGAUGACCUGGGGGCCACGCUGGCUGAGGCAGCCAGUGCAGCAGGUGCUGUGGGUGGCAUGGUGGACUCCAUCAACGACGCCAUCAAUAAAAUGGAAGACGGGCCUGCAGAUGAACCAGAUGGCACCUUCGUAGAUUACCAGACCACCAUGGUGAAGACAGCCAAGGCCAUUGCUGUUACUGUACAGGAGAUGGUGACCAAGUCCAACACCAACCCAGAUGACCUUGGAGGACUGGCCAACCAGUUGACCAAUAAUUUUGGAAAUCUAGCAAAUGAGGCCAAAUAUGCAGCACUCACUGCAGAGAAUGAUGAAAUUGGUUCUCACAUUAAGAAGCAAGUGGGAGAGCUGGGCUUCACCUGCACAGGUCUGGUUACCAAAGCUGGAGCUCUGCAGUGCAGCCCCAACGACACAUUUACUAAGAAAGAACUAAUUGAAAGCGCCCGCAAAGUCUCAGAGAAGGUCUCUCAUGUGUUGGCAUCCCUUCAAGCUGGUAACCGUGGCACCCAGGCCUGUAUUACAGCUGCAAGUGCUGUUUCUGGAAUCAUUGCAGAUCUCGACACAACCAUUAUGUUUGCCACUGCUGGUACCCUUAAUAGAGAGAAUGCUGAAACUUUCGCUGACCACAGAGAAUGCAUUCUGAAGACAGCUAAGGCCCUAGUAGAGGACACUAAGCUGCUGGUGUCUGGUGCUGGAGCCAGUCAGGAGAAACUGGCUCAGGCUGCCCAGUCUUCGGUUAUCACCAUAACCAAACUGGCUGAUGUGGUCAAACUGGGAGCAGCCAGCCUGGGUUCUGAAGACCCCGAGACUCAGGUGGUCUUGAUUAAUGCGGUGAAGGAUGUGGCCAAAGCUCUGGGUAACCUAAUUAGUGCUACUAAGGCAGCUGCAGGUAAACCUCAUGAUGACCCCAGCAUGCUCCAACUUAAGAGUUCUGCUAAGGUGAUGGUGACCAAUGUGACAUCUCUGCUGAAAACUGUCAAGGCAGUGGAGGAUGAAGCCACCAAGGGAACCAGAGCUUUAGAGGCCACUAUUGAACACAUCAAGCAGGAGCUGACUGUGUUCUGUAGUUCUGAUCCCCCACCAAAAACGACCGCGCCAGAGGAGUUUAUUCGUAUGACAAAAGGAAUCACCGUGGCAACAGCGAAAGCAGUGGCUGCGGGGAACUCAUGUCGCCAGGAGGACAUCAUCGCCACUGCUAACCUCAGCAGACGAGCUAUUGCUGACAUGCUGCACUCCUGCAAGGCAGCUGCCUACCACCCAGAGGUCAGCAAGGACGUCCAGAUGCGUGCUUUACGCUAUGGUAACGAAUGUGCUUCAGGAUAUUUGGGACUGCUAGAACAUGUCCUGGUGAUCAUCCAGAAGCCCACACAUGAUCUGAAGCAGCAGCUUGCAAACUUCUCCAAGCGUGUUGCUGGCAGCGUCACUGAGCUCAUCCAGGCUGCUGAGGCAAUGAAAGGCACGGAGUGGGUGGACCCUGAGGAUCCUACUGUCAUCGCAGAGAACGAGCUGCUGGGAGCCGCAGCCGCUAUCGAAGCAGCUGCCAAGAAACUGGAGCAGCUGAGGCCAAGGACCAAACCCAAGGAGGCGGAUGAGAGCUUGAACUUUGAAGAGCAAAUUCUGGAAGCAGCCAAGUCGAUUGCAGCUGCCACAAGUGCUCUGGUUAAAGCAGCUUCAGCAGCUCAGAGGGAGCUUGUUGCUCAGGGGAAGGUGGGAGCAAUUCCAGCAAAUGCGGUGGAUGAUGGGCAGUGGUCUCAGGGCCUGAUAUCAGCUGCCCGGAUGGUUGCUGCAGCAACCAACAAUCUGUGUGAAGCAGCCAACUCUGCGGUCCAGGGACAUGCCAGUGAGGAGAAGCUAAUUUCUUCAGCUAAGCAGGUGGCGGCCUCUACCGCUCAGCUACUGGUGGCCUGCAAGGUCAAGGCUGACCAGGACUCACAGACCAUGAAGAGGCUCCAGGCUGCUGGAAAUGCUGUGAAGAGGGCAUCAGACAACCUGGUGAAAGCAGCGCAGAAAGCAGCGUUUGAUGCUCAGGAUGACCAGGCUGUGGUGGUCAAGAGUAAGAUGGUUGGAGGCAUUGCUCAGAUUAUCGCCGCUCAGGAGGAGAUGCUGCGGAAAGAAAGGGAGCUGGAGGAGGCAAGGAAUAAGCUGGCCAUGAUCCGAAAGCAGCAGUACAAGUUCCUCCCCUCAGAGCUGAGAGAGGAUGGCCAGGACCAAUGAGAGUGUGGGGGGGAGGUGCCAACAAACCGCAAAUCAGCUACGCAAGUCAUUGUGAAAUGCUCAGGACCUAAUGAUUCGGAUCAGAUCAAUUCUAACAGCAAGUCAAACUCUGUCUACAGUAACAUAUCCAAAUGCUUUAACAGUAGAGCAAAACUAUGCUAAAUAGUAUAUCAUGACAGUGAUAAUAAAUGUUUGCUUAUACUGAGACAUAUGCUUUCACGUGAUAAUUAAGUUAUGUAUGCUUCUAAUUAUAUAUGUUUAUAUUCCUUAGAAAGUGAGUCUUUUUUACUCCUCUGUGAUCUUGAUGUGAGGCUUUAGAAAGCCGGAGCAGUUCAUUCCUCUGCCCUUCUCUCUUGGACUCUGUUACAUCGCAUUGCUAUGAAAAUGGAAUAUUAUGGCAGGUUUAUCCUUCAGUGACAAUCUAUGCAAAGUUUCUAAGCAGAUUUUUAUGUUUUAUUUUUAGAUGCAUAUCUAAAAUAUAUAUAUAUAUGCAUUUUCUUGUGUCUGAACACACUUCCAAAGACUGUUAGUAAUAGAUGUUUCUGCCAUUUUGUCUGAGUAUUUUCUUUUUACUGUACAAAAACUAUAAGAAAAAUAAAAGGUUUGAAUUUUACAGUUUAGAACAAGACUAUUUUAAACAGAUCAGUUAAAAUAAAAUGUGUUCAACAAAUGUGAUUUUUGAGUUAGUAUUUAGACUAGGAUCUGAUUGGAGGACUUGUUGGUGUAGUGAGUAUGAAGCCAUAUAUUUAAUGUCCAAAACUUUCACAUCAGUCUGAUGUGUGCUGGACUGAUGUUUAUUGAUCCAUUCCACUCAAAUGUGUGCCAAACAUGUCUGCCAGAGGUGUGACACACAUCUGGACUAACAUGCUCAUGUUCAGCUGUUUUUAGAAACAUACAUCAUUGUUAAGAAGAGCAAAAUUUGUGCUUAAACGAUGUCCCCUCUUUCAAGUUAAGUAUUAAUGUUUGAUGCCAUUUGUUCCUAAAGUGCAAUAAUUUCAUCACUCUACUCAAUAAAAGCAGAAGUAGUUUUAUUUCCUUUGGAGUGUUUAAAACUAACCAUCCAGGUUUGUCAUUCAUCCUUCAAACUUUUUUUUAUAGACCAUGAUUUUAUUUGACUUAUUGUUGGAAUGCAGGUGAACCCAAUGGACACUGUCAUACACAAUAAAGCCUAUUUUCACUGAAA